GACAAAACGUUGGUGGUGGUGGUCCGUUAAUGUUCCUGUUAACCGAUUUGUUUAAUCCUUUAGCGAAUGUAUAAAGAAAUUAACAAUGUCUAUAGUGUAAUGAAAAAUUAAAAAGUACAGUUUCAUUUAUUAUUGAAGAAUUGAAGAUUAAUUUCCAACAAUGAAAAGUGCAAUGUCGAUGUGUCUGGUAAAUUUUUUCUCGAACAAUUGCAAGUGCUGUGUGUCAUCUUGCACUCCUUUUUAAAACUGAAACGAAAUAAGUGUUGUAAGAUUACUGCCACACCUUCACAUUUUUCACGUAUGCGUAGGCAUGCAAUGUUUUUGCAAGGAUUCACUGUAGAAAGCUUUUUCUGCAGAACAAGUUCUUCGUGACGAGUUGUGGGUGCCGAGAGAAACAGAGUCACCGCUGAUGAUCGAUUUUAAGAGGACUUUAUAGAGAGAAACUAGGUUUUAAAAUAAUAAAGAAUAAAUAGAAAGAUGGUAAGAAGACGAAGAAGAAGAAAUCACUGGUGAAAAUAGUCCAUUUAUUUGAAACAAUAUUUAGAAUCAUGCUGCAAGCGGUUCGAAUGUUAACAGAAUUGGCUCGACCAUCUGAAGAUAGAGAACGUUCAAAUGCACGAUCGAUGGAUGGAGCUUCAUCAUCAACAGAUAUUGAAAGUGACUUGAGAAAUAUAUCUGUUCAAUUUCGGGAAAUUCACAAGAAUGGUUGGUUAAGAAGAACUGACAAAACGGACAAGGAGAUAUGCAAAUUUUGGGUUGCAUUUUGCGUUCACGAUGAUAUGGAGCCGCGUCUUGAGGGUUACGUUGAUCAGAAGCAAGCUACAACUCAUUCACCAAUGUGGUCUCAUUCACUCAGGAAUGUAUUGCACUUAUCACCGACGCUCUGUGCAACACAGCGUAACGACUAUGAAUUCUGUGUCAAUUUCAAUGAUGAUCGAGUUCUCAGAUUGGCAGCGCCCACGUAUCAAGCAAUGUACGAUUGGGUGCAGGCCGUCACUAGAAAGUUAACUGAUAUGAAAAUUCUCCGUCCCAAGGAAAACUUCUACUCCAAAGGUCCAGAAAGAAUUGUCACGCGAGAUCCCACGAGUCCAUUGCCACCUCCUCCUUCCAUAAUUGGAACGUCAAAUACACAAAGACCAGUAGCAUUAUCUCCAUCAUCAGCAAGCGCUGCCAAUACUUCUCCGUUUACGAGAGAAACAACUUCAGGAACAACACCGUCUGUUUUCACGUUCGACGAUGCAAGCGUUGAGGAACACAGAUUGCGGCCAGGAACAACACACACACCGGCGCAAAGAACACCGCCGCCUAUUCCAAGUCCUCGAAUUCCUCCACCGCCAACACCUUCUCCGUCAAUAGCAACAGCAACGGCUACAACAACAACAAUAACGACAACAAGUAAUGAUGACGUUGGUAAUUCAAGCUAUGAAAGUGUCUUUCUCGCCUCGUCGCAUCCUUCCAAUGAGGAUGCUACACCAACUGCCGUAAAUUUAAAUUUAACGCGAAAUGAUGAGUCCAGUGAUCGUUAUGCUGCUCUCAUGGAAUACAGAAGUUUAGGAAAUACUGAGACUGAAAAUCCGUCUGAACAGACGAGAGAAGUUCGGGGAAUUACGCCUAAUAUCCGUAGACAAUUAACGCUUAGAGAGCAACAGGUUAUGCAUCUCAGACGAGAAAUGAGUCAUCCUGCUGGUGUAAGACUGCAACUGGGAAGACGAGAUUGUAAAGAUGGAAUCGCAUUUGUUGAUACAUUUGGUGCCGUUUGGGUAGCUGGUUGGAAGCAGCGUGAACAUCCAUUAUUGCAUAAUUUUUUACACGUAGGCGAUUUGGUGCUCAGUGUUGCAGGAGUUCCUCCGGCAGGAGCUACAGCCGUUAAAAAUAUCCUGAAAAAUUGUACAACUCCCCGGGUUGAAAUGAUAGUAAAGCGAUUACCACACGCUCGUGCAUUAACGCUGACCAGAAGAUCGGAGAGCGAUGAUUUUGGAUUAGAAGUAAAUGCGAAUGAAGUGUCGAGAGUUGGUGGUGUAGCUCUUUCACAAGGACUUCCUUCCUACGUUCCUGCAGCAGAUCCUGCAGCGCCUUUAGGUACAACUGUUACUUGGUCUCUCACUGAAGUUAAUGGAAGACCGUUGAAUAUUUUCGAAGGUGGUGCUCAAGAGCGUCUCGGUGCUGUGGGUCGUGAUAUUUCAGUUGUUUUACAGCCCACGGAUCUUGUUUCAUCUCUUCGUAAAAGAUUACGAGCAAUUCGUAAUUAUAAAAACUUUGUGGUACAGUGAACGAUUGUGUGUGUGUGUCAUUUCUUUAGAAACAGUGUUUAAUGGACUAUUAGUGCAACACAAAUUUAA